GGACCACCGUGAAGAAAAAUGGGAGAGGAGGAGAGAUUUGAGUUUCAUCAGCUGCCGAGGGACGUUGAAAGCGAGGUUCGAGCUCAAGCGAAGGACACAGCGGAGCUCUUUGAGAAGUGGUGCGAAAACUCCAACUCUGGAGCUGUCAAAAACACCAGCAUAUUGACUGACCACAGGGGUCUGAGUGGGAGGAUGAAAUUUGCAACUUUCCUGUACAACAGUCACUUUCAGUCCUACCAGAAGGAUUCGUUUACACUGGAUUUCUUCCAAAGCCCCGUAGUAAACUCUGUUUUAACAAUGCCAAGCUCCAGUGGGCACCCUGCCCCACUGUCUAUGGCGUCUGCAGUGACAUCAGUUGAAGUGGACCAAGUUCCAUGUACCCUUCUAUCAAUGAACUUCUUCGAUAGACUAAAGAGCAGUGGUAUUAUUACAAUGAUCUUUGUGUGUUCGUCUCAAACCUUGACUAUAUUAUAUUAUAUUACGCACAGGAAUAGUACGAGAGAAUGGAGCCAUAGUCAAGUGUUUCGAUGAAAUGUACGACAAUUUCUUGGUCUCAGAUGAACUAAGAAAGGUCAAUCUAAAUCUGGACACCACUGGGAGUGUCAUUAUUAGUGAGGUGUCCUUAUUUCAGAGAGUAGCAAGAACUGCAAGAAUAAAUGGUUCCCAUAGUUAGAGGUGUCAUGAUUUCCGGGGUGUCCUUAGAGAAUGGGACACACAAAUAAUUUAAAACAUUUUUUCACACUUUGUGUAAUAGGUACUGAUAAUAAAGGAUAGCGAGAAUUACGACGUAUUCGGUGCCAAGGAUCGCUCGGAGUUUCUAUUCAAAGUAUUCACACACAUCACGCUGGGCGGUCCUGUCAACCAGUACGAGGACGAGGUGAAGCCCUACCUUUCGACGGGCAAACUCCUCUAUAAGACACUGUUAACGGUAGUGAAGAAACCGUCUACUAGCAAGUUAUCUAUUGCCUCAACGGUACUGGAUGUUAAAGCUAAGGUGGAUGAGGAUGUUGUGUUUCCUUGGCGACAGGUAGACGGGGGACACCCCCAGUCGUUUUGCUAUCUAAUCAUAGACAAUAUAAAGAGACAGGUCACAGCAUGGUACCAUACUUGGCACUAACAAACUCCCUAUACUUGAGCAAUAUCAACUUCUGUGUUCUUAAAAUAGGUAUAUAUAUAUAUAACACAAAGAGGGCGUACCCACCUAGUGUAUCGAAUUACAUAAGACACUCGUAUUGUGCUUGCUGAGAAUGUGUUGAUAGUAAUGG